CUUAGUAUGAUUACUACAAUUAUUUAUUAUGAAAGAUUAGAACAAUGAACGUUUUGCGGAUUUUCAUUUGUUUUUCAUUGAAUCAAACUUAAUCCUCAAUACAUAUAGAAUGAAUGAACAACUGGACAUAUACGAGCAAAUAACACGUAAAAUUUGUUUUCAUUGUUACCAAUCUGAUUUCUUUCGACUUUCGUAAAAGUGCCUUUUCAUUUUCACUGAUAACUUAUGUAAUAUGGUAACGCGAACCUACUUACAAAUCAAUAAUGAUGGUUAUAUCUACCAGCAACCUGUAUCAUACUUCACACCGAAUACACAAAAUUUCCAACGACAAUGGAAAAGUCAUCAGAAUUUACAUGAAUCACGCUUGCUUAAUCGUCAUGUAUCUGAUCAGUACGUUACUAUACCGACAACACGUUUCAAUAAUGAUUCAUAUAAAAAAGUAAAUGGAUGUUAUAACAUCACUUUCAGUAUCAAUAAUACUAAUAAUAAUAAUGAUACUAGUAAUCACUGUAAUAGCAAUUAUAGUAUUAAUAGUGUAAACAACAAUUGUGUGCAACAAAAUGUUUACAAGCCUCUAUCAAAUUUAUCUGACAACAUCAAUAAUCAUCGUCUAGUAUCAAAAGAAAAUUCCUCUACCAUGAGGUUCGGUGAAAAAUUACGUUCUACAUCCCUACCACCAUUAUUACAUACUACAAAUUAUUUUACUCCACAAAAAUCAAUAAUUGCCAAUACUGGCCACACUUCACCAUCAUUGGUCAAUCAGAUGUGUCAUAAAUUCUCUUCUACCUCCGCAUGUCAACACAGUGGUGCAGAUUGGGAAGAUUGCCGUAUUAGUAUAGACUGUUUUGGUAUUAAAGGAAAACAUUGUAAAUCAAUAAGACACCUACACAAGAAUUACAGUUAUAAAUUAGCACCACAAACGCAUUUAUCAUCAACACGUAUUGGUAACACACAGAAUGGACUGAAUGAUAAAUAUUUACUCCCUUUACCAAUAAGGACACCUUCUAUUCAUUUAGAAAAUAUAAAGUUAAAUAAAACAUCCCAAUCAAUAAGAUCGCAUAGUUUAUGCGCUAGAUCUGUCCGUCUAUCAAUUAUACCGUUAAAUCCAAUCUACAAAAGAUCACCAUCGUUAUUAAGAAGAAAACAGUGUUUAACAAAUCACAUUAAUCAGUCGAUAAGAACUAGAACUACACCUUGGAUUAAUUCAUUUGAUUUACACAAUUAUCAUACAGUUCUUCGUAAUUGUUGGCGCAAAAAUUUAAUUCAAAGAAUGGCUUUCAAAAUUGAUGAUUUUACAAUCCAAGAAGAUCAAGUAAAAGUUGCCAAAGAUGUUUUCAAACGUUUUGACAAAAGAGGACAAGAAAAAAUUAGCACCACUGAUUUAGGUCCGGCUUUUCGUGCACUUAAUCUUACUGUUAAACCAGACACUUUGAAAGAGUGGGCUGAUCAGGUCGAUGACGAUGCUACCGGAUUCAUUGAUUUUAAUGGAUUUCUAAUUUGUUAUGGAAAGAAACUUCAAGAAGAUCAAGAUGAAAGAGAUUUAAGAGAUGCAUUCCGAGUUCUGGACAAAAAUAAACGUGGAGAAAUUGAUGUCGAAGAUUUAAGAUGGAUAUUAAAAGGUCUAGGUGAUGAUCUUACUGAAGAAGAAAUAGACGACAUGAUUCGAGAUACUGAUACCGAUGGAUCAGGAUUUGUCGACUUUGAUGAAUUCUAUAAAUUGAUGACAUCUGAAUAGAAGUUACAAUUUCACUUCAAUGAACUAUAAGUGAAAAUUUACUCAAAAUUGCAUUUCAUUUAACCUUUUCUCUUGUAACAUAUUACUACUAUUGUUAUUAUUAUUAUUAUUACUAUUGUUACUGAAUCAUAAUGCUUCUUUAUCAGUUAGUAACUUGUCUUAUUGCACAAUCUUAGUUUCAUCAAUGAUGCAUCGAUCGAUUCAUGUGACUGUUUUUCUCUUUCUUUUUUGUUUACAUACACCAAUUACAGCUUAACCUGCAAAAUUUUACUGUAGUUAUGUUUGAAUUUUAUAAUGAUUUGCUGUAUCAGUUUUCUCCCUUAUAUAUAUAUUUAGUAAUGUGUAAUUGUAUUAUGAUGCAUCAAUCAGUCUAGAUUAUCUUCUGUAUGUUCCUUGAAUUGUCACUAAUUGUAAAACCCUACUUUCUUUGUAAGCUUUAACCCCAACAUUAUUGAAUUGUUUCUUAUAAAAGGGAUUAAUUGAAUAGUGAAUUGUGCUGUAAUAACUAUCAGUUCUUUCUGGGUUUUCCUAAAAGUAAAAACAAGAAAAUAAAGAUGAAUCUUACAUUUUUAUUAAUACAAUCUCAAAAUUUGAAAGGAUUCCUUUACAUGAAAUUGAUUUCAAUACAGAACUGUUUCUAGCUGGGUUUCUAAUGAGUAAACACAUAAUGUCGAU